GCCAGGGCGCAUGCUGCGCCCACGCGGGGGAUCGUGAUCCCCGCUGACGCUGAGCGGGGCCUGCUGGGCCGCGUGUGCGCGGUUGGGGCCGGAGGCGCGACACGACCAGGCCCCCAAACACUCGGAGCAGGGAUGGCUGGCCGCUCCUUGGUGGCCGCGCAGCGGUGAAUUUGGGAGCUGCCGGGACACCCUGCGACCGGGUCGGGUAGAUUCCAGGGGCCCUCCAUGGGCUGUGUCCUCUGGGCCGCCCGUCCCCGCUCGGCGCGCGCGGGCAGAGGCGGUGGUGGCUCAGUCUGGGAAGGCGACUGCGUUGAAUUUGACUUUUCGAGGCCGGCCGGGGUAAACUCGCAUCUCCCGGGACUUCGGGGAUUAUUUACAGGGAGCCCGCCAACCAAACACAACAGUCUAAUUUAACCUUUCCAAGUCCUCGUAAAUUUUUACAACUGGGAGCCACGGCGAGGUAAACGAAUCUGUGGGUCGUUCCCAACUUCCCACCAGCCUGUGUGGCUUCUGAAACAAUAACUCCUUAUGAAAUAUAAAUAUAGAUUUAAAUACAGUAGAGCGAGAAUGCGAUUUGGCUGCUUUUUUAUGGCUUCAAUUAUUGUCUAAUUUUAUGUGAGGGGCUCUGCUGGCCGCGCUCGCGCGCGGGACCCGCGCCUCGCCGAUGGCGUGAUUAAUUGUGGUAUAAAAUAGUCCGCUUAAGAAGUGCGUGCGUCUGGUGGCGGCGGCGGGAAGGGGCGGGAGUCCAGAGGCAAGGCCAGAUUUGAUCUUUUAAUCGUCGUUGGCCACAAUUAAAACAAACCCGAUCGUUGAGCGCCGCGAUCUCUUUGCAUAAAAACAUAUGGCUUUUGCUAUAAAAAUUAUGACUGCAAAACACCGGGCCAUUAAUAGCGUGCGGAGUGAUUUAUGCGUUAUUGUUCUGCCGGGCGGCCACGUGACGCGCGUGGCCAAUCGGGGCGCGGGCGCCGGCAACUUAUUAGGUGACUGUACUUCCCCCCCUGGUGCCACCAAGUUGUUACAUGAAAUCUGCAGUUUCAUAAUUUCCGCGGGUCAGGCCAGCCGGCAGGGCGCGGGGUACGGCGAUGGCCACCACCGGGGCCCUGGGCAACUACUAUGUGGACUCGUUCCUGCUGGGCGCCGACGCCGCGGAGGAGCUGGGCGCGGGACGCUACGCCGCGGGGGCCCUGGGUCAGCCCCCCCGCCCCCGGCAGGCGGCGGCGCUGGCCGAGCACCCCGACUUCAGCCCGUGCAGCUUCCAGUCCAAGGCGGCGGUGUUCGGCGCCUCGUGGAGCCCGGUGCACGCGGCCGGCGCCAGCGCGGUGCCCGCAGCCGUGUACCACCAUCACCACCACCACCCCUAUGUGCACCCCCAGGCGCCCGUGGCGGCGGCGGCGCCGGAUGGCAGGUACAUGCGCUCCUGGCUGGAGCCCACGCCCGGCGCGCUCUCCUUCGCGGGCUUGCCCUCCAGCCGGCCUUAUGGCAUUAAACCUGAACCGCUGUCGGCCAGAAGGGGUGACUGUCCCACGCUUGACACUCACACUUUGUCCCUGACUGACUAUGCUUGUGGUUCUCCUUCAGUUGAUAGAGAAAAACAGCCCAGCGAAGGCGCCUUCUCCGAAAACAAUGCUGAGAAUGAGAGCGGCGGAGACAAGCCCCCCAUCGACCCCAGCAACCCGGCCGCCAACUGGCUGCACGCGCGCUCCACGCGGAAGAAGCGCUGUCCCUACACCAAGCACCAGACGCUGGAGCUGGAGAAGGAGUUCCUCUUCAACAUGUACCUCACCAGGGACCGCAGGUACGAGGUGGCCCGGCUGCUCAACCUGACCGAGCGGCAGGUCAAGAUCUGGUUCCAGAACCGCAGGAUGAAAAUGAAGAAAAUCAACAAGGACCGGGCGAAAGACGAGUGAUGCCCCUGGAGCUGGCUGAGGAAGCCGAGGGAGCGAGGGGGACGGAGAAAGGGCCGCGCCCCUCCUCCCGCCGCGCACCCAGGCCUCCCGCACCCCGCGCAGAGCCGCGCUCCGCGCCAGGCCUCGGCUCCUCGCGCAGACCUUCCCCAGGCUGGCUCCUUGGCCUGCCGGUUUCCUGGAGGAGGUAUUGUAAGCUUUCCAUUUUCUGUUAAGACAAAACAAAACAAAAAAACAAAACAACCCACACAAAUAAAUGAAUGAAAAAGAAGUGGAAGCCCAAGGGAGAGCUGGCGCCGGUGGCUGUGUCUGUUAGCUUGUAUAUAUUUUAUAAAACCUACCUGUUCCUGACUUCACACAAACAAACAAGCAAACAAAUUAAAAAAAAAAAAAAACUACCUUUUUAUAAUGCACAACUGUUGACUGCGGGCUGUAUAGUUUUUAGUCUGUGUAGUUAAUUUAAUUCUCUCUUUGUGGGGCAGAGCGAUCUGCCCAGAUACUUGAACACUGUGUUUUACUGUGGUAAUUAUGUUUUGUGACUCAGAACUUCUGUGCUGGGCGAGGCGCCCGUCGUGAUUGUGAAAGCUAGGACUCAAUUCAAACUCAGGUUGUUUAUGGGGUGGGGUGGGGGGGAACAAUUGCCUAGACGAUAGCUCUGUAGUGGGAUAUGUCUUCUGUAUAACUAGGCUGUUAACCUUUGAUUGUAAAUUAGCUGUAAGAGUUUCUCAGUGAAAUAAAAUGUUUAAUAAAAAGAAAGAACGGGUUCUUUGGGAUGCAUAGGUUCAUGGGUUUCUCCACUCUUGAAAUUCGGGCAUUUUAGUCUCUACGUGCUCUGUGGACCUUGUCUCAUCCAUUGUGUAGAUAACCCACACGUUCCAGAAAAGGCAACCAGACCAGCUUGAACAUGGUUUUUGCACCAGACAAACAGGGAGGAAAUUCGGAGCUCUACGUAUGUGCAGAAGGUUACUACCUAUGGUUUAUGUUUAAUUUUAACUGGGGAGGGGGGGGAAUAAUACUGUAAUGGAGCUAAUUUUAUUGAUAAUAAAUUAUACACUAUGAAACCGCCAUUGGGCUGCCGUAGAUCUGUACUCUUGGUGAAUCGGGGUUUCCACGGGGCUGAACACACACUGUAUAUUUUGUGAUACUUAAUUCAAGGCCUACUGACCAAAUUGUUGUGUUGAGAUAUUUAACUUUUUGCCAAAUAAAAUAUAUUGACUAUUUUUAUUUUUA